GUGGGUCGCACCCUGUCGCGCGUAUCCUUGAGGCUUCGUGUCAACAUCUAUUAUUCAGCUAUACUUCAUCUGUGAAUUAUUGCCCAACAAUUUUCGCAAGACUGAAGAGGCUGGCUUUUUCCUUCUUGGAAUUUCCAUGGCUGAUGUUUCUGUGAACACCAAUUCUUGACAUAAAUAUCUUUUUCUUCCGCUCAUUAGAACCUGAUUCAGAUCUGCCCAUUGUUCUGGAAUCGACAUCAUGAAUAUCUUCAGGUUAUCAGCUGAUUUUUCGCAUCUUGCGUCUAUCUUCAUCCUAUUGCAUAAAAUGAAAUCUUCUAGUAGCUGUUCGGGACUGUCAUUCAAGUCGCAGAUGUUGUAUUUGAUGGUUUUUGUAACGAGAUAUCUCGAUCUCUUCUGGGCCUUCACGGACUCUGUUUACAACACCACUUUCAAGAUCCUCUUCAUUGGUUCAUCGGCAUAUAUCAUCUACCUCAUGCUGAACGACUACAAGCCAACGCAUGAUCCUAACACUGAUACAUUCAAAGUGCAGUACCUUCUUGGCUUGAGCGCUCUUUUGGCCCUCCUUUUCCCGCAUGAUUAUAGCAUUUCAGAGAUCCUUUGGACGUUCUCCAUCUGGCUUGAAUCUGUUGCUAUCUUGCCACAGCUUUUUAUGCUCCAGCGUACCGGCGAGGCAGACACUAUAACAACACAUUAUCUAUUUGCCCUAGGCCUAUAUCGAGCACUCUACAUCCCGAACUGGAUCUACCGUUACUUUGCGGAGCACCAUUUCCAGCCGAUCCCCAUCGUUGCGGGCAUAAUACAAACACUGUUGUAUUCCGACUUUUUCUACAUCUAUUACACAAAGGUAAUGAAGGGCAAAAAGUUUUCGCUUCCCGUUUGAUAUCAGGCAUAUAAUUGAACGGAGCAGGGGUAGGGGUAUCAUGAGUUAAGGGAAGGCCUGCGCCCGAGGGGCCUG